UUCAUCCAAAACUCGACAAUGGAAACUCCCAAAGGCACCAUCAUCUUCACCACCAUUGGUCGAACUCACUACGGCUUCGACGUCUUCUCUCUUCACAUCGCCACUGCCGCCGAACGCCGCUUAACAGACGGCGUUUCAGUUAACUUCAACGCUCAAUUCGUCAACGAUAAAAGCGAUGAUGUCGUUUUUGUUUCGGAACGAAACGGAGCCGCCCGGAUUUACAAAACGCGACCCGGAAUUUCUGAACCCGAGCAGCUUCCCGGAGCUCCGGAAAGCUACUUCCACGACCGUCCUAUCAUUACUCAAUCAAACAAACUCUAUUUCAUCUCCGCUCACGAACAACCUGAUCGUCAUUUCAAGAAUUGGUCUGCGCUUUACACCGUGGAUCUCAACGGCAAAAAGAGAGAAGUUACACGUGUCACUCCAUUAGACACCGCCGAUUUCAGCCCGGCCGUUUCUCAAUCUGGAGAUUUCUUAGCCGUCGCGUCCUAUGGAUCUCGCUCUUGGGGCGGUGAGUUUCACGAGAUCAACACUGAUAUUACUGUUUUCAAAGCAUCUGAACCAGAGACAAGAGUGGUGAUUUGCGAGCGUGGUGGUUGGCCGACUUGGUCCGGCGAUUCAACUGUUUUCUUCCACCACCAAGCAGACGACGGUUGGUGGAGCAUUUUCCGGGUAGAUAUACCGGAGAACUUCAAAAAAUAUUCCGAUUUCCCAAUCACACCGAUCCGAGUCACUCCAUCGGGACUCCAUUGCUUCACUCCUGCAGCUUUCCACGACGGGAAACGAAUCGCCGUCGCAACUCGCCGUCGCGGAUUCAACCACCGUCACAUCGAGAUUUACGACCUUGAUCACAAAACAUUUCAGCCGGUGACUGAGCCACUCAAUCCGAGUUUCCACCAUUACAACCCCUUCGUAUCUCCAGAUUCCGAGUUCCUCGGCUACCACCGAUUCAGAGGCGAGUCGCCUCAAGGCGAGUCAAUCGUACCCAACAUCGAAUCCAUCGUUUCACCAAUCAAAACCCUCCGUUUACUCAGAAUCAACGGAUCGUUUCCAUCAUCAUCUCCUAACGGUGAUCUAAUCGCACUAAAUUCCGAUUUCGACAUCAACGGUGGCAUCAAAGUUGCUAAAUCCGACGGUUCAAAACGAUGGACGUUGAUCAAAGACCGUACAGCUUUCUACAAUUCAUGGAGUCCAACGGAGCGUCAUGUAAUCUACACAUCUCUCGGUCCAAUCUUCCGUCCGGCGGGAAUCGCCGUUCAAAUAGCUCGAAUUAAGUUCGAUCAAUCAGAUCUAACCGCGGAUAAAGAAGAGCUUCCUUGUGAUGUGAAGAUUCUUACUCUAGAGAACACUGGGAAUAACGCUUUUCCGUCUUGCUCUCCCGACGGUAAAUCAAUCGUGUUCCGAUCUGGUAGAUCAGGUCAUAAGAAUCUCUAUAUUGUAGACGCCGUUAACGGAGAAUCUAACGGCGGUGGAAUACGACGGUUAACGGAAGGACCAUGGAUCGAUACUAUGCCUUGCUGGUCACCGAAAGGAGAUCUCAUCGGAUUCUCAUCUAACCGUCACAAUCCAGCGAACAUCGACGCGUUCGGUGCUUACGUGGUGAGACCUGACGGUACUGGAUUGAGGAGGAUACAAAUUUCGGGACCGGAAGGGUCGGAGGAAGCGGCGAGGGAGAGAGUUAAUCAUGUGAGUUUCAAUAAGGACGGUGAUUGGCUAGUUUUCACGGCGAAUCUCUCUGGAAUAACGGCGGAACCGGUGGCGAUGCCGAAUCAGUUUCAGCCGUAUGGAGAUUUGUACGUUGUGAAAUUGGACGGAACGGGAUUGAGGAGGCUGACGUGGAAUGGGUAUGAAGAUGGGACUCCCACGUGGCAUACUGCUGAUGAAUUGGAUCUGAGUCGGAUGAGUUUGAACGGUCAAGAUGGAGACAAACUUGAUGGUCAGUUUGAGGAGCCGUUUUUUGUGUUGCCUCUAAACUUUGAACUCGAGUCGGAGUCGGAGUCGGAGCCGCAUUGUUGUAGCAAAGCCAUGGCGGAAGAAAACAGCCGCCGGAAGUGGAACCCUCACGCCGGUCCAUAUCUCGGAGAAGUCUCUUCUCUAGCUUUCCUCAAUCUCCCUCAACAUGUUUCUUCAAUUCCUUAUCUUCUCGCCGGUUCCGGUUCGGAGAUUCUUCUUUACGAUUUGAGUUCCGGAGAAUUGAUUCGCUCGUUUCAAGUGUUUGAGGGAGUUCGUGUCCAUGGAACUGUUUGUAGCAACAGCUUUAUUCAUUCGGCGGACCGAUAUACGUAUAAACUUAUUAUAUUCGGAGAGAAGAAAGUGAAGAUCUUUUUAUUGAUUGUUGAAUUAGCCUCGAGCUCUGGUGAAAUCUCUGUGGAUUUGGAAAUUUUUGAUUCUUUGCCGAGGCUUAGCAAUUGGGUCUUUGAUGUUUGUUUCUUACAGGACUCUACUGAUUCAUUGAAAGAAGAAGACAAGCUUCUAGCUAUUGGUUGUAGUGAUAAUUCUCUCAGCAUUUGGGAUGUUAAAGAAUCACGCAUGGCUUUUGAAAUUCAGUCACCUGAAAGGUGUCUACUGUAUACUAUGAGGUUAUGGGGGGACAGUAUUUCGACUCUCCGCAUCGCUUCUGGCACUAUUUUCAAUGAGAUCAUUGUUUGGAGGACAGUUGGCUUUGAUGGUGACAAUGCCGAACAUGGACAUUAUUCUGCUUCCCCUAUGCUUAGACUUACUGGACAUGAGGGUUCAAUAUUUCGCAUUGUAUGGUCUUUGGAUGGAUCGAAACUAGUCUCCGUCUCUGAUGAUCGUAGUGCUAGGAUAUGGGAAAUUGAUUCGCAGGAGGUCGUUGGCCCUGUACUUUUUGGUCACAGUGUUAGGGUUUGGGACUGCUGCAUCUCAGAUUCUUUUAUUGUCACUGCUGGUGAGGACUGUACAUGCCGUGUCUGGGGUGUGGAUGGUACCCAGCUGGAAGUGAUAAAGGAACAUAUUGGAAGAGGCAUAUGGAGAUGUUUGUAUGAUCCGAACUCAUCCCUUCUUGUUACUGCUGGAUUUGACUCUACAAUCAAAGUACAUCAAUUGCAUAAUCGUGGGUCUGAAACGCUGUUAGAUGCUGUAGGAGUGCUUAAUUCACCAGAUAAAGUGGAAUAUUUUUCAACCUGCCUCCCAAAUUCGACGGAGCAUACUGGUCUCACUGACAGCAAGAGUGAGUAUGUACGUUGCAUGCAGCUCACACAGGAAGAUACCAUUUAUGUGGCCACAAACCAUGGUUGCUUGUACCACGCAAGGUUAUUGUCAUCUGGAAAUGUAAGGUGGACUGAAUUAGUUCGCAUACCUGAAGAAGGGCCUAUUAUUACCAUGGAUGUCAUGUCUGGCGGAAAGGUACGCGAGUCUUGUGCAUUAGAUGAUUGGGUUGCUCUUGGAGAUGGCAAAGGAAAUAUGACAAUUGUUCGGGUUAUUGGUGAUAUAUAUAACCCACAUACUGGCUUGAAUCAAAGUUGGAAGGCUAGCCCUGAGAGACAACUUCUGGGGGCUUUCUGGUGCAAAUCAUUAGGCUAUAGGUUUGUUUUUUCAUGCAAUCCUAGAGGACUAUUGAAGCUGUGGAAACUAUCCGAUCCUUCAGAAUCUGCUGCUUCUAGUGCUGCUGAAACUUAUGAUGUCUCCCUCUUGGCUGAAUUCUCCUCUUGUUUUGGAAAGCGAAUAAUGUGUGUUGAUGCAUCAGUAGAAGAUGAGGUGAUUCUGUGUGGAGAUUUACGUGGCAAUAUCACACUCUUUCCUCUGUCAAAGGACAUGCUGAACGAAGUUUCUGUUUCUUCAGAAUUGAAGAUACCUUCACUAAAAUAUUUCAAAGGUGCCCACGGGAUUUCAACUGUUUCCAGUCUUUCAGUUGCUAGAUUAACUUCCAACAAAGCUGAAAUAUGCUCGACUGGAGCAGAUGGUUGCAUAUGCUAUUUCGAAUAUGACAGAGAGAGGCAGACUUUAGAGUUCAUGGGUUUGAAACAAUUGAAAGAGUUGAACUUAGUUCAAUCUGUUUGUCAAGGGGUGCAGUUUUCCAAAGACCAUCCAAACAAUGACUAUGCAGCCGGAUUUGCGUCAACAGAUUUCAUAUUGUGGAAUUUAACAGCUGAAGCAAAGGUUACACAAAUCACAUGUGGUGGAUGGCGCCGACCCCAUUCCUUUUAUCUCGGGGAAAUCCCUGAGUGGCAAAAUUGUUUUGCAUAUGUGAAGGAUGAUGUCAUUCAUAUUCAUAGACACUGGGUUGUGGGACAGAAGACCAAAGUUUUUCCUCUAAAUUUGCAUACACAGUUUCAUGGCAGAGAAUUGCAUUCGUUAUGCUUCAUCUCUGCAGAUACAAAAGCCGUAUUCGAUGAAAGUAAAAUAUCUGAUCGGUCUAGUUGGAUUGCAACAGGGUGUGAAGAUGGAUCUGUAAGAUUGACAAGGUAUGUAUCUGAGUUUGGAAACUGGUCAACAUCAGAGCUAUUAGGAGAACAUGUUGGAGGCUCAGCUGUGAGAUCAGUUUGCUGCGUAUCAAAUAUGCACAUAAUUUCUUCGGACAUGCCUAACGUACCAGACGUGUGUGAACAAGACUCUGCAGUGGAUGAUAGCGAAAUUCCUUGCUUACUGAUUUCUGUUGGAGCCAAGCGUGUUGUAACCUCUUGGCUCCUAAGGAAUGGUAGACAAAAUAAAAAGGGAGAACCUUGUAUUAGUGAUAAUGGACACACUAGAGCUUCAUCGGAAGUGUCUUCAGUGACAUUCCAAUGGCUUGCUACUGACAUGCCCACCAAAUCUCGUCCUUGUGGAAAGACCGAGAAAUCUCCAAAAUUGGAAGGAGUUGAUGAAGAUACUACUGCUAACGUCACAAAGUUAGGAUCUAAUACGUAUCAUGAGCGAGAAAACUAUGAAGAUGACUGGAGAUACAUGGCUGCCACUGCAUUUCUUGUCAAAUGUGUUGGUUCCAGGCUAACUAUCUGUUUUAUCGCUGUGGCUUGCUCUGAUGCCACCCUUACAUUACGGGCCCUAGUCUUACCACAUCGAUUAUGGUUUGAUGUUGCAUCGUUGGUUCCUCUAAAAUCUCCAGUUCUGUCAUUACAACACGCCGUUGUGCCUCUGCAUCCCCCACAUGAAGGUAAUACAUCAUCUAGUGAUGUUUAUCUCCUCAUCAGUGGGGGCACAGAUGGAAGCAUAGCCUUUUGGGAUGUAACUAAAUGUGUAGAAGCUUUUGUAAAGCAAGUAUCCAGCAUCCAUAUUGAGAAGUUCAUUGAUUGUCAGUUACGACCACGAACUGGAAGAGGGAGUCAAGGUGGUAAGAAAUGGAAACUGUUAGGCUCCAAAAUUUCUAAGAAACCACAAGAGAACAGCAACUCAGUUGGUGAAGCUGCAGAAGAAGAUGCAGCCACGUCUUUGGAACUCACAAAUGGCGUUCCUCAGGAAAAUGAUAAAUACGAAGGUGCAGAUUCUCCUCCCGAGACAAGCGAGAUAAAGCCUUCACAUGUCGUGAAGAAUGCUCAUCAAUCUGGAGUUAAUUGCCUUCAUGUUUCUCGCUCGAGCAGUUCUCCAAGUUAUGGCAAUAGCUUGAUGUUCAAUGUGAUUAGUGGGGGUGAUGAUCAAGCCCUUCAUUGUCUUAGCUUCAACAUCCUCAGUAGUAGUAAUAGUCCAGCCAAAAAAUCUGAAAUCAUGGAUCUAAACCAAACCCCAAGUUACAGAAUCAGGCUCACAGACCGUGGAGGUAUUGCAUCAGCUCAUAGCUCUGCCAUAAAAGGCGUGUGGAUGGACGCGAACUGGGUGUUCUCGACAGGUCUUGAUCAACGUGUACGAUGUUGGUUUCUCGACAAAGAUGGUAAACUGAUCGAGCACGCUCAUAUAGUCAUCAGCGUACCCGAGCCAGAGGCACUAGAUGCUAAAGCCAUUGAUGAAAACCGAUACCAAAUAGCUGUUGCGGGUCGCGGGAUCCAGAUGGUUGAAUUCUCCGGUUAACAAAGCUAGGUUCAGAACCCGGUUUUUGAUCCAUUUUUGAGGUAAUUUGUCCUAAGCUACCCCUCUGGCUUCUGCUAGGAUUUUAUUUACACCAGUGAGGCCUGUAAUUUAUACCAAACCAAUUUUGAGUGCUCGGUCAGAGUAAACCGGAUUUUGAUUC